AUGGGAUUUUGGGAGAAUAACAAAGAUUCCAUCGCCUCAGGGCUAAAAAGCGCUGGUAAAUACGGCUAUCAGGGAACAAAGUAUGUUGCCAAGACAGGGUAUAAGGCAAGUAAGAAGCACUAUAACAACAGCAAAUCACGUAGGGAAAAGAAAAAUGGUAAGAAAAAUUCAAGCGAUGAAGAGUAUGAAAGCGAAGAGGAAGAGUACGAAAGGAAACCCACUGAUAUAAGAAAUUUGAAAGACCCGAAUUCUUUCCCUCCUCCACCUUUAAAACCUGGACAAAGAACGUAUACAAGUCAGCAGCAGCAGCAGCAGCAGCAAAUUCCAAAUGGACAGCCUAACUACGCUUCUCAGGGGGCAUACCAAGGCCAACCCUGUACAGAGCCGAUAGGCCAGUCGCCAUAUCCACAACAGCAGUAUUCACAAUAUCCGCAGCAGCAGUAUUCACAAUAUCCACAACAGCAGCAAGCUGCUAUUCUGGGGCAGACGCCUGUAUCUGGAGAGCAAAUGGCACCAUACAGGCCCAAUUCUAAUGUAAACAGUCUCCAGUCUCUGCCACAGUCAAAUCAGCCUCAAAAUCCUAUUCAAAGUCAGGUGUCUUUGAACUCUGGAUCCCAUCAAACUUCAGGAUUACCGCAGCAAAAUCCACAAUAUAGCGCCCAAUCAUGUAAUUCAGUGGCACCACUGUCUUCUCAGAACAAUCUUCCGUAUCAGCAGCCGCAGCCAUCUCAGUACGGAUCGCAAGGCUCAUCAGAUCUCGGACAAUCUCAACUUCCACUGAAUCCACAACGGAUUGAAAACACACAGCAGCAGUUUUCAGCACAGUUUGAUCAACGGGGUUUACCGCCACUUGAACAAUCUCAACAGCAGCAGCAGCCAUUACCACCCCGGCGCGGUCAACCAAUUCCAGCCACGCCCGGACAGUUUCCGUCAAAUGAUUUCGAUCAACAACAGCAACAACAAUGUAUGAACCAAGAAUACGCACCAAUACCGUAUAGCAACCAAUUUAACACAGCAGGAAUUCCAGGGACAGCUACAAUCCCCUCUGUGGCGCACGGUCAGUCCAUAACAAACGCUACGAACAUGCAAGAUGCAACUAUCAGCUAUGGAAUUUCACCCAUACAAGUUCAACCUCCGACUGGUGGGCAACCACCUGUACCUGUAAGGAUGCAGGUGCAACCACUACAAUCAAUUCAAUCGGGAAAUGCUUACCAGGCUGGUUCCACCUUCGAUUCUACUUCGUCAACUCCUCAUUUCCAAGUCACUCCGUUUGAUCCAGACGCACCUAUUCCUAAACCUAAGAUUGAUAUGCCUAUGGUAGACGUGAAUAGUCUUCCUCCACCGCCCACUCAUAGAGAUAGGGGGGUAGUUGUAAAGCAGGACUCUACGUUAAGUGCCGGAAGUUCGCCAGCUCCUGGUAAGAAAAUACCACUUAAAACGGAAUCCUCUUCCGCUGUUUCAUUGCCACCAAGGAAUCCACCUACUAGUACUGAUAAUGAACUUAAAUCUGGAACUGAUGAGAGUACUACCGAAUCUUCUAUUCUAGGGCAUUAUGAUGUGGAAUUAAACAUUUUGCCACCCCCAAAACCUUUCAGACAUGGCCUUGGUUCCGUAUCCUCUGAGUAUACUGGGCAAACUGCGCCGGAACAAAAAGCUCCAACUCUUCCUUCUCGUAACGGUAUUGAGCCUCCUUCUCAGCUAUCUCGAGGCGGUUCCGAAACUACAGACUCGAUUGUGUCAAUGAAUUCUGCUAAAACUCAAGAUGCUCCGAUUUCUAAUUUUUUACCUCCACCAAAGCCAUUUAGACAUACUGAAUUACAACGAAAUCAAAGUGCCAGAACAUCAUUUUUGGAAAAUAAAAAUGAGGUUUUGCCAAUACCCUCUUAUGAGGAAGCUAAAAAUAUUGAACCACAAUUACUAUCUCAGUCGAAGCCGCAAUUUCAGUCUCGAUCCGGAACAGCACAUAUGGAGACACAACCUAUCCAAAACUUUCAGCCACCGCCAAAACCAUUCAGACGGUCACAACCAUCUAAAGAUAAUAAUGAUGGCUCUUAUAACAUUGAUGGAAGGGAGGAGAAUAAUGGUCGGGGUCGUGGCCGUAUAGCUAAAAACAGUGAGAGCGAUGGAUGUGACUCCAAUAGUAGGAAUUCUUCAGAAAACGAUGGUGUGGAUCACGUUGGGACUUGCCACGGUAAUUUUGUGAGUGAAGGCUCACUGACACCUCCCGCUCCGUCCAGAUCUGAAAAGGUACGUGAGACUAUUACAACAUCUGGAGGUGAGAGUUUAAAAGGUGCCAAUGUUAAUGAAAAGCCAUCAUCUUUGUCGAGCUCCCCAAUACAGGUACCAGGGUCUAAUAGGAAGGCACCUCCACCUGUUGUAAAGCCAAAACCUAAAAGUUUUUCUUUGAAGGUGAAUGAAUCUUCAAAUGAGCCUACUACUAAAGGAACUACAAACCCAUUAAAAGAAAGUGGGGAAGUUGAAGUACUAAAAACCAUUACAGAUGAGUUGUCUCAUUUCAAGUUGAGAAAAACCAAUGUCAAUUUGGAAGAACUGGGGAGUUUGAAACAUGUAAAUGAAUCCAGCCCGGUUCAAUCAGACCUGGAUGAUAAAUAUGUGUCUGCAUCGGGAUCUAUAACACCUCCAAGGCCGCCACCUCCUAGGACAAGCGUAAAGAAGGUGCCACCUGUUGUCCCGAGAAAGAAUGACAAUCUAAAGAAAAAGCCACCAGUGGUCCCUAAGAAAAAAAUGCUCUUAAGAUCGCUCGAGCCAAGACCAAUCAAAAUGGAAGGUGUGGAUUGGGGUGACAAAUCUGAUGGGAACGAUAACUUGAAUCCUUUCGAAAGGUACAAACGAAACGUUGUCCCACAAGAGGAAGAUAGACUGCAUAAAUAA